AAAAGUUGAUAUAGUUAAUAUUGUUCAUAGUAUAUGUUUGGAUUGUUUGAUAAAGUUUGAGUUGAAGAAAUAAUUUAUAUAAUCAAAUAUAUUUACAAAAUGAAUAAUUUAUUGACGAAUAUAUUUUUAAAUAUCUUGUUUGUCUUUUGGACAACUGGAUCAACUGAUUCAUCAUCGCCAAGAAUUACCAAUGAUAAAAAUGGUGUUAUUAUUGGUACAAAUAAAGCUGCACUUGAUUAUCGACCAGCUGGAAUGAUUGAUUUUAAAAAUCAUAAAGAUAUCAUUGAAAAUCGAAAUGGUACACGUAAAUCAAGUACAAGAUCACAGAUGAAAAAUUCAUGGAAAACUAAACAAAUGAAUAAACAAUUAAAUUAUAAAAAAUCAAUUUUACAACGUAAAUCUUGUGGUAUUAAUUUGGCAAAAACAACAACAGAUACUUGUCAAAUUGUUGAUCGUUUACGUUACAUAAAUGAUUUACUUAAAAAAAGAAAAAAAUAUCAAGAAAAAUUAGAUAACACAAAAUUAUUUAGAAAAAAUAGUAAUUCAUCAUCAGAAGUUUUAUAUUUUCUUGAAUAUAUUACUAAAAAAAUUGAAGAAGGUAAUAUAAAGUUAAAAGAAAAUAUAAAAAUUAAAAAUUCAGAAAUGAAAAAAAAAACAAAUUUAAAAAAUUUAAAAAUUAAUAAAAAUAUUAAUAAUACUAUUAUUAUUUCAACAACAUUGAGUUCGGUUAAUUUAACAACAUUAAAACCAGUUAAUAUAACAUCAGAAAAAAAAAAUCAAAUAACAAUUGAUAUUGAUGUUGAUAAUACAACUGAAAUUAUAUUUAAUCCUGAUAAAACUAAAAAUUAAAAAAUGUAAAUUAUCUUUAUGAUAAAUUAAUUACUAUUAAUUAAUAAUAAAUUAAUAAAUAUUUAAUUGAAAAUUCAUCGAAUUU